GUCUUCUCUUGUCCUGCCUUCCACAGAAAGAACCAGGACCAGUCGAUCUGGUGACCUUUAGCUUCUGCCAGCCGUGGAUGCCUUUGAAAGCAUGACCGCAGAGGAUUCCACCACAGCCAUGAACAGCGAUCCAACAGUGGGAUCUUCCGCCAAGGUGCCAGAGGGCGUGGCGGGCGCGCCCAAUGAGGCUGCCCUGUUGGCACUGAUGGAGCGCACCGGCUACAGCAUGGUACAGGAGAACGGGCAGCGCAAGUAUGGUGGACCCCCACCGGGCUGGGAGGGCCCGCAUCCCCAGCGAGGCUGCGAGGUCUUCGUGGGCAAGAUCCCGCGUGAUGUGUAUGAAGAUGAGCUGGUGCCUGUGUUUGAGACGGUGGGUCGCAUCUACGAGCUGCGACUCAUGAUGGAUUUCGACGGCAAGAACCGCGGCUACGCCUUCGUCAUGUACUGCCACAAGAAUGAAGCCAAGCGAGCUGUUCGUGAGCUCAAUAACUAUGAGAUCCGCCCGGGCCGCCUGCUGGGCGUCUGCUGCAGCGUGGACAACUGCCGCCUCUUCAUCGGUGGCAUCCCCAAGAUGAAGAAGCGAGGGGAGAUCCUGGAGGAGAUCGCCAAGGUCACCGAGGGCGUGCUCAACGUGAUCGUGUACGCCAGCGCAGCAGACAAGAUGAAAAACCGAGGCUUCGCCUUCGUGGAGUACGAGAGCCAUCGCGCCGCAGCCAUGGCGCGCCGCAAGCUCAUGCCGGGUCGCAUCCAACUGUGGGGCCACCAGAUCGCCGUGGAUUGGGCCGAGCCGGAGAUCGAUGUGGACGAGGACGUGAUGCAGACAGUGAAGAUCCUCUACGUGCGCAACCUCAUGAUCGAGACCACCGAGGAGACCAUCAAGAGGAGCUUCGGCCAGUUCAACCCAGGCUGCGUGGAACGGGUCAAGAAGAUCCGCGAUUACGCCUUCGUGCACUUCACUAGCCGUGAGGACGCCGUGCACGCCAUGAACAACCUCAAUGGCACAGAGCUGGAGGGCUCCUGCUUGGAGGUCACGCUGGCCAAGCCUGUGGACAAGGAGCAGUACUCCCGCUACCAGAAGGCAGCCAAGGGCGGUGGAGGCUCAGCGGAGGCGGUAGCCCAGCAACCCAGCUACGUGUACUCCUGUGACCCCUACACGUUGGCCUACUAUGGCUACCCCUACAACGCGCUCAUCGGGCCCAACAGGGACUACUUCGUGAAAAGCAGCAGCAUAAGAGGCCGAGGGCGAGGUGCCGCUGGAAACAGAGCCCCGGGGCCCAGGGGUUCCUACCUUGGAGGAUACUCUGCUGGCCGUGGUAUAUAUAGCCGGUAUCACGAAGGCAAAGGCAAACAGCAAGAAAAAGGAUAUGAGCUUGUGCCAAAUUUGGAAAUCUCUACUGUCAACCCAGUUGCCAUUAAACCUGGCACAGUGGCCAUCCCCGCCAUCGGUGCCCAGUACUCCAUGUUCCAGGCAGCCCCAGCCCCUAAAAUCAUUGAAGAUGGCAAGAUCCACACAAUGGAACACAUGAUCAGCCCCAUUGCUGUGCAACCUGACCCUGCAGCCGCCGCUGCCGCUGCAGCCGCCGCUGCCGCUGCUGUCAUUCCUGCCGUGUCCACGCCGCCACCUUUCCAGGGCCGUCCAAUAACUCCUGUGUACACCGUGGCACCAAACGUUCAGAGAAUUCCCGCCGCCGGCAUCUACGGGGCCAGCUACGUCCCCUUCGCUGCUCCAGCCACUGCCACGAUCGCCACACUACAGAAGAACGCUGCAGCCGCCGUGUACGGGGGCUACGCCGGCUACAUACCUCAGGCCUUCCCCGCUGCUCUCCAGGUGCCCAUCCACGACGUCUACCAGACUUACUGA